GUAGGAUGAAGCUCGUCCCAUUCUUCUCCCACCGCCUCUGAGCGGCAGCGCUGACCUCCGCUCAUUUAAAUAAUCCCAGACUCCGAGCCGUCCACAGAAGCAGGAACAUCAAGGCGAGCAGCAGGUCCUUGUCCAAAGCGUUGGCCCAUUACAGCUCAGAAAUGCAGGGAAGACUGUUGAUGUCGGUCGCUGUGAUGAUGAUCACAUUCGCAGCCUUGGCCAAAGCAGACGUCAUGGAGAGCAGCACACAGCUGAACAUCACUGGCUCCGGCUGCGGAGUCACCAAGCUGUGUGUGGAGCUGCCAGCUGGUUGUGACCCGGCUGAGAACCAGACGUGUCUGUUCAUGUCGGGCAUCGCCAGCCCCCCCAUGGACUCCGACGGCACCAACCUGACCAUUCAGCUCAGCGGGCAGUCGUCAGGAUACAUCGCACUGGGGCUCAUCGCCAACGCGUCGGAGGCGACUGCCAUGGGCUUCAUCUGCGGCCAAAACCCUUCAGACAAUGACACGUUCAUCUUCAGCGAAGUGGAGAUGAACAACACCGAUGACACCAUCAUUCCAAGCAACAUGACAGCUACUGACAUCCAAGGCUUGGCAGAUGGGAACCUGAUCCAGUGCGAGUUCACCAUCCCAGUUAUGAACACCACCUUCUCUGUCCUCCUGGGGAAUGGAACCAUCGACAUGGGACUUGGUCCCUUAAGUAUUGCCCUGAUCAGUGAACCCAUGGACUUCACCGACCCCAGCAGCAGCAUCAAUCCGACCAUUGAACCCACAGCAGUCUCCAGCAACACGCCACCGACAGGAGGCGGCGGAGCCGUGCAGCCUCAUGCUUUGCUUCUUCUGCUGAGCAUCCUCCCUCUGUCUGUCCUGCAGAAAGCCUGAGAGCCCGGAGGAAAACGGAGGCCUGAAUGACACACAGAAGCAUCACGACUCUAUCGUCUUUAUAUUCUAUUCCAUCUGUGACUAAACUGUAAGAUACAAAUACAUAAUUAGCAUCUACAGCUCUUGGGUUUAAUGAUCAAACGUUACUUGUGUUUUGCAGACUAAUACUGUAAAUAAAUAAGCUUGAGCUGUUUUUCAGAAAAUCUUGGCAGCAAAACUAAACCAACAAACAUUGCAAAGGAAAAUCAAGCCAAGAAUGCUAUUAAUAAAACUAGAACAUUCAUA